AUGGACAAUGCACCUCCACUCCCCAACACAAGUUCUGCUAUGACCACAACUGGUCAUCAUGAUUAUCGAUUAGAAAUCUUUCAUCGAUUCUUUAUUCCGACCGGGAUUCAAAAGUACAAUCCUACUCUGGAUGGAAGUAUCAAAUUCGACCCGACCAUGCUCACCGUUCUUACCAGAAAGCUCAUCAAACUAUUUAGAUCAAGACCCUUCUCCAUGACUACUGCUGUUGUCGUGUAUUCGUUAUUGAUCAGUUUACUAAGUCCACAAUUAUGGACUGCUCAUGGAGCCUUUGCAGCAGGAUUUUCCUCUCUCGCUUUGGGUGAUGAUUUGGCCAGAUCGGUCAUGAGUAUCUGUAAAGAUGGAGAGAAAGUCAAUGGAGUAACCACAACCACACCUUUGAACAUGUCCAAUCUUUGGACUGGCAUGCAUCAUCUUUCCGAAGGUCAAUACUGGAUGUUGUGGCUUAAAUUUAGCUUCUUUCAAAGAUCUUCCUUGUUGUUUUUAGAUACAUUGAAUUACAUGGCCGCAAAGAACAAUAAUGCUGCGUUCAAUUCCAGAUAUUACAUGGCCAAUGCCAAGUGGAUUGAAGGUGUGAAUGCAAUUUUAUUGUCUUUAGUAGCUUCCUAUGCAUCGUUACGUUUUGCUGAUCACAAGUGGCAUAAUUAUCUUCCCAAGUAUAUGGAAUUGUUCUUGUACGCAUUUGUUGCAUUGACUGGCGUUCAGACUAUCAUUGAAGCUCGAGUGGCUAAAAAGACUCCAGAAAAAUUAUAUGACGUUCAAAACAGAUUUAGAAGAAUUCGAAAGGGAGUUGUAUUGAUGAUUUCGAGCUAUGUAGGCCUAUUGUGGUUUACCAAAUUUGGAGAUUAUUUCUUACAACAUAUUUAUCAAUUCACGAAUGGAUCUCUAUCCAUGCGUUUAAUUGGUCGAACUAUUUUGAAUGGAUCCGUUUCACUAUGCUCUCUGUUCUUUGGUAUUGGAGCAGGAAGUGAAGGUUUGAAAGAGCUCGAUAUGAAUAUGGGACAUUAUUUCCAUAACUUGUUAUCAAAUGCAACUCGAAGAGCUACAGAAUUCGGAAAGCGAUAUGAAAAGGAAUUGGCAGCAAUUAGUCUAAGCUUCAUGAAAGGAGCUGGACUUUUUGCAUACUUUGCAGGUGGAUAUUAUUUCUCCAAGUCAUUUAGUUCAUUCUUCCAAAGAUUGACACAAUCUGGCCAUUCUCUAUCCAAUACCUCUUUGAAACAACUCUCACUGGAAAUGGGAAAAGAUGUUGCAAGCGUGGUUGCCAUGCUAGGAGGAUAUUUCACAUUUGCUACAGCAUUGAGCUUAUCAAGCCCAGUUCAAAAUGCAACUCUGCCCAUUGACAUGGUGAAUUUGAACUUGUCGGCAUGCGCAUUUUCACUCUUGGAAUUGGGUGCUGCUCUUUUCAAGUUCCAAUACCAAUUCAAUGAGAAACUUAUAAGACAAUCCUUAUUUAAUUCUCUUCCUGUUGUUUCAAAAAUUGAUGAGGUCUUGUCCUACGAGAAUAUUGCACUCAGUUUUGCCUCUACUGGCACUUUGGCUUAUGGCGUUGAUUUGUUGCGUAUGGCAUACAAGUUUACUCACAAUCCAAACACUCCACAGCUACAAUUCAAUCCUACUCCUGGAGGCGUGGCAUUGGCUUCGAGUUUAGGUCUCAUUUCAUUCAAACAUUUUCUCUCAUUAGGACAAUCUGUUUCAAGUUGUGUGAAAAGUAGUAAUUUGUUGGCUAGUAUUACUGAUUUGGGAUUUUUACUUCCUGCUGCAAAGGAUAUAGUAUUAGGAACAGCAGCAAUGGCAGGAGCAGGAUUUGUCCUCAUGAAGACAUUCCCAUCUCUGAAACCACAUAUUGAAAAGCCAUUGAAAUACUUUGAUGGAAUGCUUGGAAGACGAUUUAGAAAAUUGUUAUCUGUUUUUAGCUCUCCUGUUGCAGCGUUUACAGUAUUUGCAACAAUUGGAAGCUACAUUGUUUAUAAGAAGUAUAUUUAUGAUGAAGAAAUGAUGGCUUUAGAUGCAACAACCUCUGGAGCAACAGCAUCCAUUCCACCAACAAGCACCAAAGGAAACAAUGUGGCCUCCAAGUAG